UUGUUCCCUCCUACUUUCCCCUGCUCCGCCGCUCGCCCCCUUUCUAUAUACUCCUCCAGAAUCCACUCCCCCACUCCACUGCCGACCCUUCCCGAGCGCUCCUGCGUGUUCACAACCAAGAUCCAUAUCUGCGGCCGUGAGAUCAGAUCAGAUCAGAUCGACCGAAGUCCAAGGAAGAAGGAGAAGCGGCGGAGGAUGGCGGACUGGGCACCGGUGGUGGUGGGGGUGGUGCUGUUCGUGCUGCUCUCGCCGGGGCUGCUGUUCGAGAUGCCGGGGUCGCACCGCCACGUCGACUUCGGCGGCCUCCACACCAACGGCAAGGCCAUCUUCGUCCACACCCUCCUCUUCUUCGCCGCCUUCACCAUCCUCACCCUCGCCCUCCACAUCCACAUCUACGCCGGCUAGACUGACACCCCAUACCCCAUAGAUGCGCCAUGUACUACCAAUACUACUAGCUAGCUCUUGCCUGUCCGCGUGCUGUUCUCUUGCUCGGUAAAUCGAUCCCCUCCAUGUAAUCAAUCUGCUUGUAAUCCAAUCCCUGCCUGCAAAUCUGGUGAAGAAGCGUGUUGAUUGA